AUGAGAAAAGAAGAAUCUUCACUUGAACGUAUAAGACGCAAAACCCCAACGAUCUUUUCCAUCGAUCCCGAAGAUGUUGUUAAAAGACGGAUUACCACAGUUUUUGGUUAUGAUAUGAGGGGGGAGUGUGUUAGCGGUACCGUGAAUAUUCUCAACUGGAGAGCACUACUACCAGCUCUACAUGUCAGUAAUACAAUUGUUCCUGCAUAUCUCAUAAUUUUGGUGAUGAGAAGGAGAAUUGUCGCAAGGCUGUGCUCUCAAAGUACGAUGUCCAGGAGCACAAAACGUCUACAAACACAAUUAUUAAAGGCAAUUACAUGCCAUGCAGUCAUUCCUGUGUUCUACUCUCUUGCUGUAAUUAUGUACUCACUGGGUCAACUCGACAUUCUCUAUCAUCCAUUUUUGGAAUAUUUUUCGCUUAUUAUGGCGCAUUUUAUUCCUAUGUUAACUCCACUGGCUUCUCUAUACUUUAUUCAACCUUAUCGCAUGUGGAUCAGCAAGAAUCUUACGAUAUUCUCUACUAUACGAUCUUCUAUCGCUCCAGAAUCCUUCAUUACCUCAGUCGCGUAG